AUGGACUCGGCGCAUCUUGUGAGGCAGUUGCGGUUCGUUGUGCCGGGCGGCGCGGCGACGUAUGUGUUGGGUACGCUGGAGAAGAUGAGGGAUGUAUGGGAGAGCGGGGCUGCACGGCCGUUAUUCGCGACAUCCCUUGCUGCGGGAUUCACGACCGUCCUGCUCUUCCUAUACAUCUUGCUCAUACCCGUCAUCAAGGGCAUCCCACCAAACUACCGCAGCUGGCGAGAAUCCGGCGAGCUGAGCAGUGUAAUCCCCGGCUUGACGGCGAGCAUCAUCGUGGGCUGGACUUCUCUGGCCUAUGUACUCGGCCGCUAUUCGAGUCUGGGCUAUUUGAAGGGGACGAUCAGCUCGCUGGGUCUUUACGCACUUGGGUUCGGGAUGCUGGGACUGUUACCUGCGCCGAGGAUCCAGCGGUUGCACCGUACCGCAUAG